AUGACAAGGAGAAAUGGUAAGAUUGGUCGUCUUGUCGCCAAACAGCAACAGUACAGACAGCGACGUUUCAAGCGUAACAUACCCCCUGAGGCUGAGCAGUCAGCCCCUCCAUCCACAGUUAUUAACCUCUCAUCAUCUACCCUUUCAGAUUCAGAACACAGCCUGCUCUCCAAGGGACUCAACUUCUGCCCCACUCCCCCCACAGCCUCAAUCAGAGAAGAACGUGAGGCCCUUAAGACUCUACGAGCACGGAAGGACAUCAUCAUCAAACCAGCUGACAAGGGCUCUGCUGCUGUUGUCAUGGGCCGUCAGCAAUACAUCGAUGAAGCCAUGAGACAACUCAACAACCAAACUAACUAUAAACCCCUUGACACUGAUCCAACAGGUAUUCAGAACCAGGUCCCCAACACAGCUAUCAUCGGUACUUUUGAUGUGUCCUCUUUGUACACCAACAUUCCCCAAGAUGAAGGGAUUGCUGCCUGCUCUUCAGCUUUGGCUAAGAGCAGUCACGACUCACCGCCCAUUUCUGAUAUAGUAUCCCUCAUGAACCAUGUUCUAACUAAAAACAAUUUUUCGUUCAUGGGUAAGAAUUUCCUACAGGUACAUGGCACCGCUAUGGGUACACGGAUGGCACCAUCAAUGGCCUGCCUAUUCAUGAGCCAACUUGAACAGCGCAUGUUGGCGUCAGCCCCGUGCCGUCCCUGGGUCUGGUGGCGCUAUAUUGAUGACAUCUUUUUCAUCUGGACCAGUGAUGGAUCUAGCCUCACAGCAUUCAUUAAUCACAUCAAUUCCUUCCAUAGGACCAUCAAAUUCACAACCGAAUACUCAACCAAGGAUACCCACUUUCUGGAUGUCAAGGUUCUAAAGACGGACGAUGGUUUGAUCACAGAUCUCUUAGUUAAACCCCCAGAUAAACACCAAUAUCUCCACUCAACCAGCUGUCAUCCCCGACACUGCAAAACCAGCAUAGCCUACAGUCAGGCCCUCAGACUCCGUCGAAUCUGUUCUAAAGAUUCCGAUUUUAUCCACCACUCACAGGAACUUAAGAAACACCUCGUCUCCCGGGGUCAUAGCUCCCUGGCAGUCCAUCGAGCAAUCCAGAAAGUCAAGGCUCGCUCCAGGGAGUCAGUACUUUCAAAAAGACCUGUUUAA